AUGGGUGACAGAACAUCAUGCCAUCAUUUUUCUUCAACGCAAGAUCACUAUGGAUGCAUCUCCAACAAUUCAAAUAGUUCAGUACUCACUGCUGGUGCUAUUAUUGGUAUUAUAAUUGGAUCUUUAGUGGGUAUUGCUAUCAUUAUUGCUCUUGGGAUCCUAAUUUAUAAACUAUCAAAGAGAAACAAAUUAUCGCAUGAACAUCGUCAUAUGAAUAUUUAUGGUGUACCAAUGAAUAUGCAUCAUGAUCAAUAUUUAGAACCAAGAUCUGACAUUUAUUUAUCUUCCAAGCCACCGCUCUAUUCCGAAACAACUCCACAUGAUGUUUUCUAUGAAUAUGCUUGA